AUGGCUAUGACAGCUAACAAUGUGCAUAUAAUCACAUUAAUCCACUCUUGAUCCCUUUAUCACCUAUGCAUCAGUAAGACUAAUCAUGAGGAGAAGAGUGGUGUGCCUAUCCCAGCAAAGCAAAUGUCAUGGGGUGAUGUGAACCACACACAGCUGCUGCCACUCCAUCCAUAUCACUAUUAUCAUCAUGUAUCAAAUGGUAAAAGUAAUGUUCAUGUAAAGAAAGACAGAGGUGGCACAGAGAGCACCAUUAUGUCUAGUGGGUAUAUGCAGAGUGAUAAGUGGCAACCUUCAGUGGUAACAAAAGAAGAGGGCAAGAAACAGGCCGUGGGGGAAAGGCCACAAGACAUUUCCUCCACAAAACAAAAAGAGGCAAAUAAAAGCUGGAUGGCUCAAGUGCUAAUUACAAUGACAAAAACAAUCAAGCUGGAACAAAGACAAAAGCUGAUAAAAGUGAUAAGAGAUUAGCCAAGAAAAGAAUGUGAAUGCAGAAGUUGCUCCCUAAGGUAUGCUUUUUGUCAAUUACUGAUACCAUAACUAAACAGUUUUCCUAAGAUGCAAGACUGUACAUACUACCAGAGCCUGGAGCUGACUUUUUAUCCUGUUGACCAACUCACUAGUGACCCCCAUCUCUAACUCAGAUAAUUUUCAUUCACUGGUAUACAGUUGUAUGCAAAAUUUGCAAGUGACAGUUCAUGCAUUAAGUAAAUUACUCAAUGUUUGAGCAAAAUUGAAACUAGCUUCCUUACUAAAUUCAACAUCAUAAUAAAACAAUUUGGUCCCUUCAAUUGUAGUGGACAAACUUGUCAGAAAUACACAAUUUGUUCAUUAGCUGUUCAAUGUGGCUAACGAAAAAAUUACAAAAAUUAUCUGUGAACAAGGAGCUUUUCCUUGUCACUUACUAUUUUUAAAUAGUAAGUGACAAUAUUAAGUAUUAUUAUAAUAGUAAGUUAAUAAAUAGGUAGUCAGGCUUGGUGAAUUUUACAAGUGUAACAGCUGUAUUAAUAUGGCCGACUUACUGUAAUUACAGGAAAAGGAAAGUGGAAAGGGAGCAUGCCUGUGUGAGUCCUCAGCAAAAAGUUCAGAUUCAACACAAUCAUCAUCAAGAAGCUGGAGACUAUCAGGAUUUACUGUUAAGAAGGAAUCAAACAUUGCAUUCGCUUCACAGUUAUGCGCCUCUGUGAGGAUGGCUCUUAUUGUGUUGGAAGACUGUGAAGAAAACAAUUUCAUUGAGACUAUCAAGUAAGUAUCCCUUUUGUUUGUAAGUCUUUCCAUUCUUAAAGAUUUCAAUGUGAGUGGUCAUUAGUAAAGUUUGACAAUUAAAUUCAUGAUAAUAUACAUGAAAAAAUUAUGCACUUCUUAUUGGCUGAGAACAAGUGCAUUUUCAUGCAGCACAAGUGCAAAGUUGUAACACAAGUGCAGAUUAUAAAAUUAAUAGUAUGCAGUUGAAAUUGUGAAUAAGUGCUACACAUAUACAAAUUGCACUUGCCUUAUGCACUCUUGCAAUUAUGUUGUCUUUGAAAAAUUUACAUGUGCUUAUUAACACCAAAUUGUAUUGAAAAGUUAUUACCUGAACAGGAUUCCUUUAAAAUGCUGUAUGGAUUACAUGCAGCUGCAUGAAUUAGCAUUGCAAAGAUUUCAUUUUGUGGAUUGUGGACAAUAUGUGACAAUGAAUAUAAAUUUCAGGGUAAUUUUCACUGGCUUUUUGAAGCUUUUAGCUAUAAGUUCUCUCUGAAUAUUUUGCUCCAUCUCUCUCCACCACAAUUUGUCACUAUGUAUUUCGCUUGCUUCCCAAAAACUGCUGAAGAUUCUUUCUUCCUUAGACAGUCUUGGCCUCAAUGGCUGUUUCAGUGAAUAUACUUGGUCAUCAUAGCCUUUUUUUGUUUCAACAGAUCAUCAAAGGCAUGCAAUGAGCACACACCCACUGUAUUUAUUUCCUCUGGACCCCUGGCAGGUAAACCUGUUCCUUUCUCCCAGUAGUUACUUAUAUCACCAUGGUAACUGGUCAAAGUAGCUUCCUCUUAUUCUUUAUGAAGGGUUAAGACCAUUUAUAUAAGUUCUUUGAGACAGAGCCAACCUCCUUGACUAGUGGUAUAAGAAGAGGCUCUGUAGAAGUGUAGGUAGUUGUUAAAACUAAUUUUGAGAAAAAGAGGGUGGUCAAAAAUCUAUCGUUUAUUGCACCUGUAAUGAUGAACCUAUGUCAUUGUGGCUUUACAGGUCUGUGAUUUUCCAUCUUCUCAUUUUUUCCUGACAUCUUGCAUGAGUUAAUAGUCAGUAGUGAAUGCUAGAAAAGUGUGAUGUAUUGCAUGCCUGAUGAAAAAACAACUAUACAAAGUUAAGUGCAUGUAGACACAACUUAAUAUAUAUUUUGCCCCUUCUAAGUAUUGGUUCAAAGAUUUACAGUGUGUUAUUGAAUAUGUUUCUUAUGAUAUAGCUUGCAAAUAUAUACUGUUGCAGAAGGCAAUAACAAAAAGUGGUAGCUUUUUAAGAAAGGGUAAAUCAACUAUAAGUUUCCUACAUGUAGUAAUUAACAACAGAAAGAUUGACUGGUUUGAACUGUUCUCAACAAUGAUUUGAUCUUUUUGUUAAUUCUUUUUUACUCCUGAUUGUAGUGUGCAAUUUUUUUUAGUUUUGAUUGACAGUUGUUACAGUGCUGUUAGAUGUGUGA